AUGCAUCCACCACUUGGUUACAUUGUUGCUUCUGAUGGAGAAAUGGUACAUACUUCAAAUCCUUACGCACCAAUACUACCUGCUGCUUAUACUGCAUCUGGACAUGAUUCCUCAUCUCCACAAGUGGAGCCAUUUCAGCGUCCAACUCAAGUAAUGACAGAGAGCAGUGCAGAUGAUAAAACCCUUGAGCAUCCUAUGCAUAAUGUAGUGUGUAGUGAUGGGCCUCCAAACAGUCAUGUUAUUGCUUCAGAUGGAGAAAUGGAAAGGCUUCGUAAUUUUAUCAUUUGGGCAAUUACAACUGCGUUAGCGUCGGAUUCUGCACAAAGGUUUACAGAAACAUAUAAGCUAGAAUCCCUGCAUUCUUUACUGGUGCAUGUAGAAAAUACUUCAGAGCAAAGACAGAUCCAGAUGAUUACUGCUUUACUUAUCCAAUUAAUUCAUUGUAGUGCUAACCUUCCUGAUUCUUUAAGACAAGCAUCGAGUAGUAAUUCUGUAUUGGAAAUCCCGGUUGAUGCUAGUUAUCAAGCUAAAUGCCGCGAUGCAGUAACAGAAGCCUGCUCCUAUUUUUGGACCCGUGUACUUCAACGACUUGCAAGUGUAAAGACUCAGGAUGCUUCUGAAUUGAAAUCCACAAUGGAGAAUCUUGUUACUGAUUUAUUGACCACUCUAAAUUUACCUGAAUAUCCUGCUUCAGCUUCUAUUCUAGAGGUUCUAUGUGCCAUACUAAUUCAGAAUGCUGGGACAAGUUCCAAGGAUUUUGCUUCACGUUCCAUGGCAAUUGAUAUUCUUGGAACUAUUGCGGCAAGGUUGAAGCAUGAUGCUGUGAUUUGUAGCCAGGAAAAGUUUUGGGUACUUCAAGAUUUACUUAGUAAGGAUGCUGCUCCUCAGAAUUAUCCGAAAGAUACAUGUUGUGCCUGUUUGGGUGGAAGGGCUGAAAAUUUGUUCCCAUGUUCCGGCUGCAGUAGGCUUUUUCAUGCUGAAUGCCUGGGCAUUGAAGAAGAUGAAGUUCUCAAUCAGAACUGGUACUGUCACAUGUGCAUCUGCUCAAAGCAACUGGCUGCUGAAGGAAUUGUUUGUAGGACAAAAGCUUGA